AGGAUGGAGGCGCAGACAGCAGCGGCACACCGAACAUAAGAUGUUUAAGCGUCAGUAAGGUGUCGGCGAGUGCGCACUUGACGUUUUUGGCCACUUUUGGCGAUCAGAUAGAAAGAUGGCGCCGUCAGGUUCGCGCAGCAUUGACUGCUGGAGAGUUCUAUACUGGAUCCCAGUGCUGUUCAUCUGUCUGAUCGUGGCAUGGUCUUACUACGCGUAUGUAGUGCAGCUCUGCAUAGAAACUGUAGAGAACACGGGAGAGAAAAUCGUUUACCUCCUGCUGUUUCAUGGGCUUUUCAUCAUGUUUGGGUGGUCAUACUGGCAAACCAUUUUCACAAAUCCGAUGAACCCGCUCAAAGAGUUCCACCUGUCACAUCCUGACAAAGAACUAUUAGAGCGCGAAGAUCGCAGAGAAUCUCAGCAGGAGAUCCUGAGGAGACUCGCUAAGGAUUUGCCCAUUUACACACGCACAAUGUCUGGAGCUGUCCGCUACUGUGAUCACUGCCAUCUACUGAAGCCUGAUCGUUGUCAUCAUUGCUCGGCCUGUAAUAAGUGCAUUUUAAAGAUGGAUCACCAUUGCCCGUGGGUGAACAAUUGUGUUGGCUUCUCCAACUACAAGUUUUUCAUGCUGUUUUUAGCAUAUUCUCUGUUGUAUUGCCUCUUCGUCACUGCCACUGACUUGCAGUAUUUCAUUCAGUUCUGGACUAAGGGCCUCCCUGACACUCAAGCCAAGUUCCACAUUAUGUUUUUAUUUUUCGCUGCCUCCACGUUCUCAGUGAGCCUGGCGUUUUUGUUUGCCUAUCACUGCUGGCUUGUCUGCAAGAACCGCUCCACCUUGGAGGCCUUUCGAGCACCUGCAUUCGAACAUGGAACAGACAAGAAUGGCUUCAGUUUAGGAAUCAAUAGGAACUUUCGUCAAGUGUUUGGAGAUGAGAAGAAAUACUGGCCGCUACCUGUUUUUUCCAGUAUUGGCGAUGGCUGUUCUUUCCCCACGUGUCUGGUGAACCCAGACCCCGAGCAACCCUCUUUAUCCACUGUACACAACACUUCAAUCAAAAGUUCUGAAGAAUCUCAUCCGUUUCCUUCCAAGAUUUUGAGAGAGUCUCAGAACCAACUGCUCAGUAAUGGACAGUCAGAGGACAGAGUCAACCGAGGUACAAGCAAUCCAGCCUUGACAAUUGAGAAGGAAACUUAAGAACGCGUGGAUGCUGACCAGUUUAAUGAACAGGAAUGUAGAUGUGCUAGUGAUGUCUGUUGUCAGUGGAACGGAGAAGAUUCUUACCUUACUGUAAGCUGCUCCUGCACAGACCGCUGCCUAUUCACUCUCUACCUAAUGAACUGUGAGCUUUCAUGAGAGCUACCGGUGCAAGGUUGUGUAUAUACAUGUAUUUAGGGUCAAUGAGUCUUGUGUUCCUUGCACGCGGUUUGGUUGAGAUAUCUUCAACGUGCCUAAACAUACCGGCAGCAGUGGCUGAACAUUCAAGAAAUUGAUGUACCAGCAAGACCCACUUGUUAAACGUAUGCAUACAUGUCUUGGUGUAGGUGGUGCUAAAGAUGGUGGCAUUUUUGUUAGUCUGGGAAACCUGAACAUUUAUGCAUGCUACAGUAUGUGAUAGUAGUUUGUAACGUUUGACAUGUUAAAACUGAAAAGCCCAAGAGCUUAAAAGUUUUUUUGUCCUUGCAUUAUUGAAAUGCAGGAGUGUGUCUGAUGAACGUAUAUAUUUUUUAUUGACUACAUAUUAACAUUCAUUUUUAUGUCAUGACAGUCUGUUUUUUACAUCCAGUUUCACUUCUGAGGAUCAUGUGUUGAUCUCGGUUUUGCAAAACACAACGACACAAUAAUUGUUGUUAGAUGCUUAUUUGAUAUUUAAGAUCAACAUUUUAUCAGUAUGUGUAUUCCUUGGGAAAAUGCCAUGCUGUACCAACUGAGCUUCAAAAACGUUUACACCGGACUGUUCAACUAUAUUCAGACAAAAACAAUUCAAGUUUCACCUGAUCGCACAGGGAAGAGAAAAAUCUGCACUUUGAGCAACGCUGUACAUUAUUUUACAUUUUUGCUAUCGAAAAAAGUAUGCCACGUUCAUAUACAUUAUUAUACUGCUGAAGCAAAGUGAACAAUUUGUCAAUAAAUGUCAGUAUAUCAGAUUAUUCUUUUAGUGUUUUAUGCAUAACCCUGUUUGCACAAUAAAUGCAAAACUCAAAGAUGUGUUUUUCACUGAUCACAUCUGAUUUAUCUAAGGGCUAUAUUAACAAAUUUAAUACCGUGAUGAAUAUUUCUGCUUUAUUUCUGGUUCCUGAUAUUGCAUGUAAUUGUACUUGAAUGUACCAGCUAGUGUGGUCUUCAUAUUGACUGAGGUGUGUGAACAGAACCUCUAAAAUGCCAAAAGUUGUGCUGUGUUGUUGUCCGUUUCGUAGUUUGUAUAGAAUUUGUAUAGUUUGUAGGAAAUGUGUUUGUUGUCUUUUAUGAGUACAUUAGAUUCAGCUGGAUGUGUUUGCGUUAGUAGCUUCAUGUAGCUAUCUGCGUAGUCUUAUCUGUACGAUUAGGUAAUUGAAUGAUAUGCCUGGAUGAAUUGUAUUAAUCUGUGAAAAAUAAACGGCUAUUUUAUUAAAUGCUA